AUGCCAUUCAAGAAGAGCUUUUCUAACACGAAGGACAAGAAAUCCUGGACAAACAAACUAGUCCAGUUUCAAGCACCUUUAGGAAGAGACAAGAUAAUUGAAGCGACUGUGUCCACACUUACCACCUCAGGGCCACCCGAUUGUUCCCAAAGUAACACGGACUCAUCCAACAACAGCAAAUACAUUACUUGGGAGGAUGAAAAUGAAGCAUCAACAAGAACAAGGAAGUAUAACCCAACUGGCAUUGCAAGACGCCUUGUUACAAGCUCAAAGCUAUCGUUCCACGGAGCAGCAAAGGUGUGCCGCCAGCUUUCUGAAGAGAGCAUUGAAAUCCCAACCCCAAGUCAGUCAGCAAUUCACAAGGCUAUCUACACGAGAGCUACUCAGGAUGUGUUAGAGGAGUUCAACUUGUGGGGAUCAAUUAUAAUGAUUGUUGCCGACACAACAAGCGUGAAUACCGGCAAGAGGACAGGCGUUGUUGUUCGGCUGCAGGAAAUGUGCGAAGAGAAAGAGGUUCUUCGCGUUGUCAUGGACGAUGAGCUUCAUGGGUCGACUAAAUUACCAAACAGCAAGUACUUUGUUUGCUUUAGUACUUUGUGCAGGAUUUGA